UGUAUUGAGCAGAGACUCGAUGUUGGGAGGGUCUGUGUGAAGCUGUGGGGAAGCACCUCUGGACUAGGAGUCCCUGCCGGCUUCUAUACUGGCGACAGGAGCGUCUCCGCUGUCACUGGCCGGUGCUUGGGACAGUGCUGCGUAAAGAUACUAACUAGGGUGCACAGUGGCUAACUGCCUAAAAGCACCUGGGCAUCUGUAACACUGGUAAUCCCCGAGUGCCCCACGCACUCUGUAUGCGUUACAGAGUAAAGUAAUUUGAUGGAAGUUUACGCAAUUCGGAGUUGGCAAAGUCAGAUAUUAUUCUCCUCUUCAGCAAGCUCAAGCAUUUUAUACAUUUCCAUUCCAUCAAAUGACGACUGCCGUUCCUAACAUGGAAAUGAUGAAUGAACAACAGACUGUAGAGGGCAUUCCAGAUCCAAACUUUGCUCAAGAACCUGUUCAAGAAAACUGCAAAAGGAAUAUAUUACUUUGUGUUCCAGAAGUUACAAAGGGAAGGAAGAGAAAAACCAAAUCAACAGAGCCCAAAAAAUCAGCUGCUAAAGCAGCUAAAUCAACUAAAUCAAAAGGCAAACAAGAGAAGAUCACAGAUGCAUUCAAAGUCAAAAGAAAAGUGGACCGUUUUAAUGGUGUGUCUGAAGCUGAACUUUUGACCAAGACACUUCCUGAUAUUUUGACCUUCAAUCUGGAUAUUGUAAUUAUUGGCAUAAAUCCGGGUUUAAUGGCAGCCUACAAAGGGCAUCAUUAUCCUGGACCUGGAAACCAUUUUUGGAAGUGUCUCUUUAUGUCUGGGCUGAGUCAGGAACAAUUGAACCAUAUGGAUGACCACACUUUACCACAAAAAUAUGGUAUUGGAUUUACAAAUAUGGUGGAAAGAACAACACCAGGUAGCAAAGACCUCUCCAGCAAAGAGUUUCGAGAAGGAGGACGAAUUCUGAUGCAGAAAUUGCAAAAAUAUCAACCUCGCAUAGCAGCUUUUAAUGGAAAAUGUAUUUAUGAAAUUUUUAGUAAAGAAGUUUUUGGAGUAAAGGUUAAAAAAUUGGAAUUCGGAUUGCAGCCCCACAAAGUCCCAGACACAGAAACUCUCUGCUAUGUUAUGCCAUCAUCCAGUGCAAGAUGUGCUCAGUUCCCACGUGCACAGGAUAAAGUUCAUUAUUACAUAAAGCUUAAAGAUUUAAGGGAUCAGUUGAAAGGCGUUAUACCAAACAUGGAGGUGCAGGAGGUGCAAUAUACUUUUGACUUGCAGCUUGCACAAGAGGAUGCUAAAAAGAUGGCAGUUAAAGAAGAAAAAUAUGAUCCAGGUUAUGAAGCGGCAUAUGGUGGUGCUUAUAGUGAGAGAACAACUUAUGAGCAUGAACAGUGUAAUUUCGCUUCUAAUGGAACAGAAGCAAACAAUCUAGAUUACAGUGGGGGUUCAUCCUUUGGUGACGUUCCAAAUGGACAAUGGAUGAUGCAGUCCUUUACAGACCAGAUUCCAGAAUUCAGUAACAGUGGGACACAAGAGCAAGAAGAAAGCAGUGUGUAAAAGCUGCUGCUUUGGCAGCUGUGCAUAAAUGCUGCAGUUUUAAUGCAGUUAACAAGAAUGGUACCUCAGUUCUCUAACUGAAGCAUUUUAAUAGUAUUUUACCUGUUAUUUUAUUAUAGUCCAAGCCAAUUUGUGUGGUAGAUUUAAUCCUAUGAAGUAGGUAAUUUUUAAGGAACUGUCCAAUCUUUUUUUAAAAAAAAAGUAGUCUUUUUUUUUUUUGUAUAUAAGUUUUAUAUUUAACUUGCACCAUUUCUUGCAGUUUAUGACAAACUGCUUUCUCAUAUGUGAAAACUGAUUUUUAUUUAGGGUUACUUUAAAUCUGUAUUUGGAGUGCAGUCGUCUGUGGAAUUUUUUACUGUUUCCUUCAUAUGGUGG